AUGCAACAAAGCAACACCUCACUAGGGCCAAUGCAUGAAGAGCAUUGGAAGAUGUUGUGGAAGAGUAAAAUGCAUGAGAGGCUUAAGCUUCUUCUCUGGAGAAUAGUUUGCAAAUCUCUUCCGGUCCAGGAGAUUCUUAGUAAAAGAUUUCCAAUUCCUAACAUAAGUUGUCCAGUUUGUGGGGAAGAGGUUGAAACUGUUGAACAUGUCUUUAUACACUGCCCCAUCACAGUUCAAGCUUGGGCUAACUCAGUUUGGCCCUUAAACAUGGAUGUUUUCAAAGAUAUGAAUAUUGAUCAGUGGAUAAAGAUUAUAAUAAAUCCAAUUGAAAAGUUAAAGAUCCAAGGCAAGGAAGCAAAGGAGUUUUCUCUUUUCGCAGUGGUUCUCUGUGACCAAGUUUGGAAGAAUAGAAACCAAAUAGUGUGGGGAAACCAACCAGUAGACUCAAUCAAGCUCUCCAUCCAAAUAAAUAAGGUAUUUAUUCAACACAAGCAAGCUUGGCAAUCUAUUCUUGGGGAAAAAGAGAACUCUCCCUCAUGGAAGCCCCCUCCUCUUGGAUGGAUCAAAUGUAACUUUGAUGCAACAGUGAAGCCUGAUAAGGUGGUGCUAGCAGUGGUUUGCAGAGACAGCAAUGGAUCCAUUGUAGCAACAGAUUCUCAAGAAGAAUGCCUAAGUGAGCCCUUAUGGGUGAAAUCUAAAGCAGCUCUCUUAGCAGCUAGUUUGGCUCGUAAAGAAGUUGUUGCUAGAGUUGUGAUAGAAGGAGAUGCCCAAUCAGUGAUAAAGGCUAUCCUAAACCCAUCUACAACUCCUCACUGGUCCAUCAAUGCUAUUAUAGAGGAUAUCCGGCUGACUCUAAACUCUUUUGAAUGUUGGAAUGCCUCUUUUGUUUUUAGAGAUUCUAACUGUGUAGCUCAUUCCCUUGCCCAAUGGGCUUACUUUUGUAAUAGUUUUGGAUCCCCUCCUCUCUGUUGUUUCUGGCUUGGUGGAAGGAGGUGA